AGCGUUGUUGCCAUGGAGACGCGGCUUAAUGGCCGCCGCCGAGCGGCGCCGCGGCCGUGAUUGACACUCACCAAGCACCUUCGAAGACCUUUCCUCCACCUUGAGAAGUGCAUUGAGAAGGAAAAGAUCUUGUGAAAGAGCUUGUGAAAUUCCUGUCCUGUCAAAAAGGAGUUGGUGGAGUUAUCCCUGAAACCACUCAGAUCCAGCUCUACGUUGAAGAUGGCAUCAUGCCUUUACGAAUGCCUUUGUGAAGCAGAACUUGAAAAAUACUAUCCCCACUUGGCUGCGUUUGGUGUUGAGACAAUAGAUGAGCUUGCCGAGGUUGCCCUGGAAGAUUACUCCAAACUGGGAGUCCAUGACAUAAAUGACCGUAAACGUCUUUUCCACCUCAUUAGAAUAAUCAAAUACACACAAGAAGAAGGCGCUGCAAACUUAAGCAAGCAGGAUUUUCAACCACAUGGCCUUUUCAUUCAGCCUCAGGUGACCAAGUCAGGACCCCGCAGACAGCUGCGUUUCGAGUCCUUUUGUGGAGAAAAUGAUGGAACAGUUAAAGACUCUGAACCGGAGUUGUAUCAGUCGUCUGAUUUCAGUGCCAAUGAAGAGAAGGACAGUGUGGGGGAAAUGCUGGGACACAUCCCACCACACAAUCCAGAACCGAUCAGAUUAACUAGAAGAGACCUAAAUAUUGCUGGAAUAGGUACAAAAAAUGACCUGAGCUGUCCAACAGUUUCUGAUGAUAUUGCUCCUCUCCUGGGCGAUUCUGAAGUUCCUAUUGUACAAAGAGUAACUCAUAUUUCAGGGUAUAAUUAUGGACUACCUCAUUCCUGUAUCAGAUCCAAUACUUUCGACAAAGAGACUCCAUGGACAGAGAGUGACAAAAUCAGAGUGUGUGUCCGAAAACGUCCUCUCUGCCUGAGGGAGGAGAGACGUGGGGAGGCAAAUAUAAUCACAGUGAAAGAUCAGGAAACCCUACUUCUGCACGAGAGGAAGGAGGCAGUUGAUCUUACACAAUACAUUUUACAGCAUGUUUUUUGUUUUGAUGAAGUCUUCGAGGAGUCAUGUACCAACCAGGAUGUGUACAUGAAGACAGCUUAUCCUCUCAUUCAACAUAUUUUUAACGGAGGCAAUGCAACUUGCUUUGCAUAUGGGCAGACUGGUGCUGGCAAGACUUACACCAUGAUAGGGAAUCACCGGACCCCAGGGCUCUAUGCCCUGGCUGCCCAGGACAUCUUUAGGUACCUGGAAGCAUCACCAUCCAGGAAAGAGCAAGUGGUUCUGAUCAGUUUUUAUGAGAUCUACUGUGGACACCUUUAUGACCUGCUAAAUGGAAGGCAAAGGCUUUUUGCAAGAGAAGAUGGCAAGCACGUCGUUCAGAUAGUUGGACUGCGGGAGGUUCAGGUGGAUUCUGUAGAUGAGCUGUUGGAGGUGAUUUUGAAGGGAGGAAAAGAACGUAGCACAGGAGUUACUGCUGUCAACUCAGAUUCCUCUCGGUCUCAUGCUAUCAUCCAAAUUCAAAUUAAAGACACAAGCAACAGGGCAUUUGGGAGGAUAUCAUUCAUUGACUUGGCUGGCAGUGAAAGAGCAGCUGAUGCCAAAGAAAAGGAUCGACAAACAAAAAUGGAAGGAGCAGAAAUAAACCAAAGUCUUUUGGCACUAAAGGAAUGCAUUCGGGCGUUGGAUCAGGAACAAGUGCAUACUCCUUUCCGGCAAAGCAAGUUAACUCUGGUGCUGAAAGACUCUUUCAUUGGCAAUUCCAAGACAUGUAUGAUAGCCAAUGUUUCACCAAGCAACCUAGCUGCAGAGCACACCCUGAACACUCUGCGAUAUGCUGACAGGGUCAAAGAGCUGAGGAGAGGGAUUAGAUACCCUGCCCCUGUCACAAAAAGGCGUCGCAAAGCUGGAACUGUAUCUCCAAGGCUUAUCCCAGGCUCUCCCUUUCUGCCACCUGGGGAAAAGAGUUCUCCAAAGAAAGUGAAGCUAGGCCUACAGCAUCCCUCAAGUGCUGCAAAACCAAAGGCAUAUCCUGCAACACUCCAGCCACCUGGUGUCCCUCUCACCUCUACCCCCAAGGGAACUGGCAAAGGACAUGCCUACAUAGAAGAUACCAGCACUCCCUGCUUCCACCACACCACACCAGUUAAGGGAGUCCUAGAAAUAACACAUCCCCUGAAGAAAAGUUACCUAUCCCCCCUCCCUGAAAAGAGUUCCUCAGUGGAGGAUUUCAUUGCCAAAGAAGAGAGUAGCCAGCAAGACAAGUAUAUGCAAAACAGAACACCUGUCCAGUGCCUGAAAGUUCAGACAGUGCAACCUCUUCAGAAACAAUUUGUUCCUAAUGACGAUAAUUCCUCUGGAGAUGGCAAUCUCCAAAGCGAACAGGAAUGGGGAAAUGCUUUUGCUAAACAGUCUGUUGAACCGUGGACAUAUCUGCCUCCAUAUCAGAAGGAAAGGGAAGAGCAUUUACGUCUUUAUCACCAGCAGUUUCAGCAACCCCCUAUUCUAAAGCAAAAAUUGAACUAUCAGCCCCUUGAAAGGUUUUUAAUGCAGUACAAGCCCGAGGAGAUUCAAUUGAAGCAGGAGCUGAGCCUACCUCCAACUGAAGGGCAGAGCAAAGAGUGGAUACAGCAGGAAGAUCUGGAUGACAGUGAUUUCAGUGAAGAUUCUUUCUCACCUGUCUGUAGUCAAAAGAGUGUGAAAAGAGAAAAUAGCAGCAAAUCCAGUCAACAUUCAUUUUUCCUUCAUGAAAGAGAGCAAGGAACCGAAGAGGAACAAAAAGGCCAAAAGCGGCAGGAUUUAUUUUUUAAAUAUUCAAUACCCACGGAAGAUCACAGAUUAGAUGACAGCUGGGAUUGUAGUGAGGGCCGUUCAGCAGUAGAGGAACCCAUUAAAAAUGCAGGCUGCAGCAAAACUCCAGCAGACUGGAGCUAUGACUUAGCUGAAUUCCCUCCCAGCAAUACUGCAGAAAAACCUUACUGUCUGCAGGAAGAUCCUGCUUGCAGCUGGAGAAAUGGCAAGGACUUCCUAGCUGAUCACAAAGACAACAAGUCCAAACACAAACGUCUUGUUUACUCCAGUGAAGCCACCUUAACUCCAGAAACAGAUGCUUCAACCCCGUGUGUAUCUCCUGUAUUGAAAUCAGGAACUCCAGAGUGCAAAGAAUUUGAUCUCCAGCCUGAGGAGAAGGAAGAAUCCACACUGGCUAAAAAGGCUACCCUUGUAGGAGGAGACGUAAAUUGGAAAGCUCAAAAAAAUGGAGUCAGCCACUACGUUUCCUCCAGCUGUUCCUCAGACUUCACCUCUGAGCUCAUGACCCCGCCCCGGGUGUCAUCUCUUGAUGGUGAGGACACAACUAAAACAGAGAAAGCAACUUCCAACCAAGAGCAGCCCCACAGCGAGAAGCAGGUGCCAGACAGUGACACCCAGACCAGCUUUGAGGACGAGGGCUGGCAGUGCACCAGGAGCAGAUCCAUGACCGACAGCAUGCUGGAGCUGGCGGAGCAGCCCGGCCACGGGGAAAGGCUCUGUGCCCUGCUGGGCUCCUCUCAAGCCAAGAACAAGAAGCUCCCACCCACCUGCGGCCGUGUGAAGCCAUGCUGCUGCCACCUGCGAUCAGUUUUGUCCAAGCAGGGGGUCCGGCGCAGUUUGUUUCUUGAACGUGACCCGACAGAAACAUCCACAGCUGGAUCCCCAGCUGGAUCCGCCGUCCCUGGGCCAGAGACCCCCUCUCAGGAGAGCAGCCGGCUGCAGCAGCCCAAGCCAGGAGCGAGGAAUGAGGACCUCACCCAUUUUGAAGACCCUGCCAAGUCAUCGUUCAGCAAUGAGGAGACAGGGUUGCUUAAAAACAAGUCAAAGCAGAGUAUUUUUACACAGGAGACUUUUGCUGCAGAUGCAGGAUUUGUAACCAAAGAUAAUAAGCCAAUAGCAAAUGCAAAAUGCCCCUCACAGCUGUCCAGCAGCUGUUCUCCACGUGCUGCAUCAGAGAUGGGGAAACGGCAGAGGGAAGCCCUAGAAAAGGCACAAAAGGCUCUAAUUCGUGCUCAUCAGCAGCAGCUGGAUGAACUGGCACACCUGUGCUUCAAAGAGGAGUGCUUGAUAAAUCAGAUGUCAGCAAUGGAUUUUCAGAAUUUCAUGGCCACGCUGGAUGAAAUCUUGGUGCUGAAGUCAAAGUGUGUCCAAACAAUGCGAGCCCAGCUUCAGCUCUGUUCAGCCUCCCCUGGCACUGACAAAUCACUGCAAACACGUCCAUCCGUUUAGACCUUCUUUGCUUGCACAUGCACUGGAGCAGCUUCAGGAAACGCCAGCCAGCACUUUGCUACACCUGGUGCUGCAGAGUGUGGGUGGUAGGGGAUAGGUUUUGGUUUGAUAUGUUUGUGACUAGCAUGUGUUUUAUAUAAGAGUGGAGCGAAUUCUGAGUAAAUGAGAGAUGACUAAUUAGCACCA